GAGGCGAACUUCGACACGCAUACGAUAUCUUUCUGAGUAAUCUGCGGGAAUCGUAGGUUGUAUAGCGACACGAUCCUGCGAUCCCUUGUGUAAUCUGUGCACAACACGGUGCUCGUCGCUUCUGAAAAUCUCAAAAAUUUCAACGCAGAUAAAGGGAAGCCAUGGAUGAGCUUGAAUUUCAACGGGUUCUUCAUCUCUUUCCCGUUGUCCGUACUCGCGAUUACAAUGCUGAGUCUGAAAUGCAAAGACAAUUAACAAGUCAGGCAUCCAGAAGGCUAAGAGAGCGGAUGAAUUCACAAAUUGAAGGGGGAUCAAGUGAAGCUGUAGUUGGAGGUAUUGAUGGACAAGAUGCAUUUUGGCAGAAACUGAAGAUUGCUGCUGCAAAGAAGGUUGGGAAUGCUGAUGCAGAGGGGUUCGUGAAGGCGUUCCAACAUGUAUAUAGGAAGCUUGUUUUUGAGGAGCUAUCUUUAACAGCUGCUCAACGCUUUGUUAAUUCGUCUUAAGAUUUUAGAUCAUUCAUAAUUUCAUAUGCUUGUUUUUGUGGAACUGUUUAUUUUCCGUUUAUUUGAUAGAAUUUGCUUUAUUUACUUGUGAUGUUGUAAUUUAUGGCAGCUGAGCGGAUUGGUCCAGCUGUAAUUAUUUUUAA